UUCAAUGGUUCCAUGGUCCAUUUAUUGUAAAAACAUGAAGUCCUCACAAGUUUUCUUAAGAGAACCUUUUGUCUCUGAAAGGCUAAGGAAGAGAACAGGUACCCAGUGGAGUCCUUCUCACUCUCAGGCAUUAAGAGCAGCAGAACCCCCUAGUAUACUUGGCUCAAAACACCCUCACGCUCUCUGCCCUCCCCUGAAGCCAGCAGACAUCUCCUACAGACACACGGUGAGGAAGGGAGGCAGUAGGUCAGUGGCGCCCAAAGAGCCGUCGGUCACGGUCCACCUGGACUUCCGCUUCCUCAGAGCCUCCUCUGCCCUGGAGAAGUUCAAUGGGGAGCUGCUGUAUAAGUGUGCCAGCUGCCUGUGGUACUACCCCAGCCUGUCCCCUCUGCAGACACACAUCACCCUGAGCUUUAUGGAGGGCUUCAGCUGCAGGGUCUACUACAGGAAGCUGAAGGAGCUGCGCUGCAGGAAUGACAUGAAGAGGAUCCAGGCAACAGAGAUGAAGAGCAGUGAGGAGACAGAGAAGAAGAGCAGCGAGGAGACAGAGAGGAAGAGCAGCGAGGAGAUAGAGAAGAAGAACAAGUACAGUCAGAGCCAGAUAUACUAA